AUUGCUAUAUUGCUAAACAAAUAACAAUCUAUAUUGCUGAUUCAACUGGGCGUUUUCGGGAUAAUUUUUGAAAUAAAAAAAUAAAUUCACUGGUUUUGUCAUUUUCAUCAACAAGUACACAAUAAAUCGAAAAUUCCUUGUUAUCUAUAGUGUUAUAAAUUGAAAAUGUCUUCCCGAAAAACUGUGAGUCGUCGUGGAACUACCAAAAAACGUGCCCAAAGAGCUACCUCCAAUGUUUUUGCAAUGUUUGAUCAAGCCCAGAUAGCAGAAUUCAAAGAAGCCUUCAAUAUGAUUGACCAAAACCAUGAUGGCUUUGUAGACAAAGAAGACUUGCAUGAUAUGUUGGCCUCUUUAGGUAAAAACCCAACUGACGACUAUCUGGAUGGUAUGAUGAAUGAAGCACCUGGUCCCAUUAAUUUCACCAUGUUUCUGACUCUUUUUGGGGAACGGCUACAAGGCACAGAUCCAGAAGAUGUCAUCAAGAAUGCUUUUGGUUGCUUUGAUGAAGACAACAAUGGUGUUAUCAAUGAAGAACGUCUCAGAGAGCUUCUAACUUCCAUGGGAGACAGGUUCACUGAUGAUGAAGUUGAUGAAAUGUAUAGAGAGGCCCCCAUCAAGGGUGGGUUGUUUGAUUAUGUUGAGUUUACACGUAUUUUGAAGCAUGGAGCAAAGGAUAAGGAUGAGCAAUGAAGCUGUUUGUUGUUUUUCUGAUGAUUCCUCUACUGGCAUUCUUUGUUCUUGGGCUUCAAGCAUUUUAUUGAGUACUAUUGGAUAAUAAUAAUAUAUUUAGGGUUCUUGAUCUUUCUUGUUUCAAACUAUUAAAAAUGCUUUUUUAUUAUUGAUCAUGGGUUUGACUAAAUAUUAUCCAUUUGGAUAUUUCUCUUCUCUCAGUAUUUACUUUAUUUAUAAGAAAAUUUUAUUAUGGAAUUAGUUUUUGUAUCUUUAUAUCUUCAAAAAUAUAUCUGUACAGACC